AUGGCUGACAUUCAAGACGGUCAUGGUGCACCGGGCAUCAAGUUAUUUGGCACAACAAUUGCGGUGCAAGCGAAACAAGCAAAAGAUGAACCAAACAUAGCAGAUAAAACGCCAGAAAAAAGGCCAGACAAGAUCAUACCAUGCCCUAGGUGCAAAAGCAUGGAGACCAAAUUUUGUUACUUCAACAACUACAACGUUAACCAACCAAGACACUUUUGCAAGGGUUGUCAAAGGUAUUGGACAGCCGGUGGAGCCCUUCGAAAUGUGCCCGUUGGAGCCGGUCGCCGGAAAACUAAGUCUCCGUGCCGUGGUCUCCCCGGGUUAUCAGAGGGGUGCUUGUUUGUUGCUUCUGGGGUGCACCAGAUAGACUUUGAUGGGGUGUUAGAGGAGUGGUACAUGGCGGACCAUGGUGGUAUCCAGCAUAUUUUUCCGGCGAAGAGGCGGAGGAACAGCUCAGGUGACCAAACUUGUUGA